AUGAGCCCUACAAAUACAUUCUUAAAGACCAACCAAGUAUCUGUGAUUGGUGUACCAUUCAAUGGUGGCCAACCUCGUGGUGGUGUUGAACACGGCCCUGCCAAGCUUGUCGAAUUUGGAUUGCUGCAGCAGAUUGAAGAAUUGAAUUGGAGCGUCAAGUACCAAGAUCAUAAAGAAGCUAUUGAAAAGCUUAAGCCUGCUGAGGAUCCCGAUGUCCAAAAUCUCAAAAAGCCCAAGUAUGUAUCAGCUGCCACCCGCUAUGUAGCAAGCGAGAUUCAAAAAGAAGCCGAGCAAGGUCACUUUAUCUUGACACUUGGUGGUGACCAUUCGAUUGCGUUGGCUACCGUAUCGGGUGUCUUGGGUGCACAUCCUGAUGCAUGCGUUAUUUGGGUGGAUGCACAUGCUGAUAUCAACACACCCGCAUUGACUGAGUCAGGAAAUAUCCAUGGAUGUCCGCUCAGCUUUUUGACUGGUAUUGCCGAAGACCAUCCUGAUUUUCGAUGGGUUAAACCUUGUCUCGAUACACAGCGACUUGUCUACAUUGGCUUACGUGACGUUGAUGAUGCCGAAAAGAAGAUUUUGAAGGAUCACAACAUCAAGGCAUACUCGAUGCAUCACGUUGACAAGUAUGGCAUUGGCAAGGUAUUGGAUAUGGCUUUGGAUGAUGUCAACCCAGAUCGCAACCGCCCCAUUCAUCUUUCAUUUGACGUGGAUGCUCUCGACCCAACCGUGGCUCCAAGCACAGGUACGCCUGUUCGUGGAGGCCUGUCAUUCCGUGAAGGUCAUUACAUUUGUGAAGCUCUCGCUGAGACCAAGCUUUUGGUAUCCACUGACAUUGUAGAAGUCAACCCUGAGUUAGAAGAUGAAAAGGCCGCCUUCCAAACGAUCCAAGUCGGAUGCUCACUUGCUCGUUGCUGCUUGGGUGAAUCGCUUUUAUGA